AUGAAGAGACAUCAUCAACAAAUAACAGAAGCAGAGCCAGAAGUGGAUACCAGAGAUGCCUCCCCCAUUCGCAAAAGCCUCAGUGCCAGAAUUCUUCCUUCCAAUCCCACCAGCAGGCUUCCAAUUGCGGGGGCUUCAAAGCCCAAAUUGACACUUUCGGCGUAUCGGAGACCGGAACAAACUGUACGCCUUACAGAUUGCGAUGCGUCACGAUUACUCGAAAAUGAAUACAAUCUGCGCGGACCGGGGUGUCAGGUGAUUGGGCAUGGUGCCUUUUCCACGGUACGAUCGGCAAUUCGGAUGGAUGAUGGCAACAAGGUGGCAGUCAAGAGUAUAUCCAAGUAUAACGCUAUCCGGAGUCAUGGCAAGCAGAUGGACGAAUGGGAAGUUAUGAAACUCUUUCGAAACAAUCCUCAUAUCUUGACACUCUUUGAUGUCUUUGAAACGAACGAGGAAAUCCAUCUCGUGAUGGAACUCUGUGAAGGAGGUGAACUCUUUAAUGCUAUUAAAGAAAAGGGGUCCAAACGAUCUUCAUACCGCAGUCGCGGAAGAUACACGGAACCACAAGCCGCAGGAAUCGCCAACCAAAUUCUGAAUGCCUUGGUGGACUUGCACGCCCACAAGAUUGUACACCGGGACAUUAAGCCUGAAAAUAUCUUGCUCUUCAACUGUGACGAGUCGGACAUUCAAGUCAAGUUGUGUGACUUUGGAGUGGCCCGCAAAACCUGUGAUGAUAAUUACGGAACCCCUGUGGACGGAGACUUUUCUCCGUCCAUUGCGGGUGCCAAUUUUACCACCAACUCUCCACCGGAAGCCUGCAAGGGUGCUUGUGGACCUGCCUCAGAUGUCUUUUCGUUUGGUGUCACCCUGUACACUAUCCUCUGCGGCUUUCCACCUGUUUUCUGCGAAAACAAUGUGGUCUUUCCAGAUGCCUACUGGAAUGAUAUUUCCAACGAUGCCAAGUCUUUACUGAGAAGCAUGCUUCAUCCCGACCCGCAUCAACGAAUCACUGCGUCCAAUGCAGUUUUGAACCCAUGGGUUCGCCAACAAACCAUGCGGGUCCGCAGUGGAUCCAUCUCGGCUAAUCUCGAGUUGGUCUGCUCCCGCUUGUGCGGUGAUGCGGGUGUCUUUUCACCCAGCCGCAAACGCCGACGUCGGUCCAGCAUGGCACUCAGUCCCAAAAAGUCGUCGUCGUCGUCAAGACGGAUUAUUCCUCCAGGGUCUCUUACCGUAUCCUUGGCCGAGCUAUAUUCGGAACAACGAGAUGCUACGAUUCACUUGAUUGAUGAAGAAGGCGAAAUGGCACCCAAGCACUUGGUGGUCCCCAAGAUCAUUUGUUGA